AUGGAUGAAACUAAAAUCGCUGUCUUUAAAGACUCGGAGCCAAGAAAAAUGACUGAGAAUGACGUUUAAAUAUCUCCGGCUGGAAAUUUUUUUAAUAACCUAAGUAAUGAAGCUGGUAUUCAAGUGACGAUGAUAAAUGGUUUUCCCUAUAAAGUAUGUAUAACUUUCAACGAGUUUACUUCCAUUACGAGAUUCCAUUUUUCGCGCGAAAUUUCACCGGUGAAAUGUUAAACGUUUCAGCACCAUAUGAAUUCAUUUGUUGGAACAAAUAUUGGUCAAGUCCUUAAUUAGAUUUCUGUAUCGAUACAUUUUCACCGUCGGAAAAAUCACCAUUUUCUGCUUAUGCCUGAUAUCUUUAAAAAUGACGCGACUGAUUGAAAUAAAUAAUAAACGAAUAAAUUAAAACAGCACGUGAAUAUUUACAUUCAUCAACUUUUAGCAUAUUGCUUCGUGACUUUGCUUUUACUUUAUUCGUAUUACUUUGUUCAAUAAUUACACUAUCAUAAAAAUUGCACUCAGUAAUGUAACAGAAAUAUCGGAACUAUUAUUAUUAUUAUCUCUUUUUACAAAUACAUUUUGACUGUGAAGGCAGUAUUUCACCAUUGAUCAAAAUAAAAUGAUCGCCAAUGAAAUUUUCCAUCGAUGAUACGCCGUCGUCUUGAGCAAACUUUCGUACACGUGUCCACGUUUGUUUGUUUUAGGUGGCAUGGGUGCGCGUCGAUACACAGACAAUCUUGUCCAUCCACCAUAACGUGAUCACGCAAAAUCCACGGAUCUCGUUGUCGUACAACGACCACCGUACAUGGUAUCUUCAUAUAAAGAAGGUCGAAGAAGUUGAUCGAGGAUGGUACAUGUGUCAAGUGAACACUGAUCCGAUGAGAAGUCGGCAGGGCUACCUGGAGGUUGUAGUGCCACCUUCUAUUAUCACGAAGGAAACCAGCACAGACAUGGUCGUCCGCGAAAGCUCGAACGUGACAUUGACGUGCAAAGCUUCAGGAUAUCCGGAACCUUACAUCAUGUGGCGCAGAGAGGACGGAAAGAACAUAAACUACAACGGUGAUAGUGGUGAGUUUUUCGACUUACUUUCUGAAUCUCAUUACACUAUGACAAUCACGUUCUUUGAGAAGUAAGAGUGGUUCAAUCGAUUGCAAGGUAGCGUAAUUAAACUCGGUGGCAUAAAGCACAGGAUGCUUAAAUAUUUCUGUAAGUUUCAUCAUGAUCAUUCUAUAUAUAAUGAUGGUUCGUAGAAUGUUGAUUGAUUUUUCUAAAGGUAAUUGCAAUUUUUUUAUAAACCUAAAACGGACCUUGGCUCUGGUUGUUUUAAAAUGAAUUAAAAUCAGUAAAAUUUGAUAAAGAAAGAAUUGAAAGAUUUGUGUGAGCAGCGUUUCUAAAAAUUUGAAAUAAGAUUAGGUUACCACUUCAAGCCUUAGAAAAUGCCAAAUUAAAUCCACUUACCUAA